UCUCUUAGCAGAGUUUUAAGAUUAAAUCAGAGGAACAAGGCACAAAAGUAUAUUAAUAAAAAAUUUGAACAAAAUACACAAAUUAUGUCACUUAUUGUAAAACAGAAAGAGAAAGAGAUGAAGAACCCAUACCCAAAAAAGAAAAGAGAGAAACUAAAAUAAAAUUGAAAAUGGGGGGCCACGCAGAGGCAGUGAAACUCAGAGAGGUGCCAACUGUCAAUCAGGCUAUGCCGUUUUUUGAAGACAACACAGCACAUGGGAAAUGCCAUAUGCCAUAUUCCCAUUAAUAACAGCCACUUUUGUUUUGUUUUGGAUAAAUUAACACAACAAAUCAUUUCUAGAAAUUACAAAUGUGUGUUACAUAUUUGCUCCUACAGAGAGAUUCUCGUUGCAACAAAUCUUAAUUUUGCAGUGUUUCAAACUAACUCUCUCUAUAUUCUCGUGUCCCCUUCCCUUUUCCCUUUCUCUCUCUCUCAUUACAAAUUUUCAGCUCUCUCUUCCGUCAUUGGACUUGGGAUUCCUUCCAUUUCCCACAAAGGGUCAAUCCUGUUUGUUUGGAGGGAAUUAUGAGCUUGCAGUACAUGCGAGCUUAGAAAGGAUCGAAGAGGAAGGGAUAUAGUUUUCGGUGUUGAUUAUCGUUGUCUAAAUUCUGUCUUAUGUGCCUUCAUAGGAGCUAUCAGAAUAAGGAUUGUCUUGUUGAUGAUUAUUGGUCGAUUCCAGGAUCAGUGCAUAACAUCUUUAGAGGUGGUUGAGUUUCUUGGUUGUGAUUUAGAUGAAAUUUGUAGGAUAACAAAUUGUGAGAACUCAGAAUUACAAUUGUAUCUUCAAGAUGGAUCAUGUAAAUGCGAAGGAUAACGAGAAUGAAGUUGAUCUUGAAAGUGGAUUGCCAUUGCUUAGAGAUGAUGAAUCAAAGAAUAUCUCUCCACCAAGUACUUCAAACCAAGGGAAGAAAAUAUUUGCCAAGAUUCCCGAUCGGUUUGUCGGAGGUUCUUUAAGAGGCGAGGAAAUGCCGAGUUUCCCCUUCAAUGAAUCAACUUUAAGCCAAGUUUCUCUGGACUUGCCGAAAGUGGCAAACAAGCCAAUGAUGGGGCAAGACUUGGCGGAUGCAGAGAGGACACCGUUAAAGGAGAAACGUAAAAAGUCUAGUCAUAAAAAACCUCCCAGACCUCCGAGGCCUCCGAAAGCUCCAGAAUUGAAUGCAGCAGACUAUAAGUUAAUAAGGGAGAUAACUGAACUUGCCAUGUUGAAGCGUGCAAGGAUAGAGCGUAUGAAAGCCUUGAAGAAGAUGAAAGCUGCUAAACAAUCGUCGCCAUCUUCUUCCAAUACCAGCAUUUUGGCCAUGAUUUUUACUCUUGUCUUCUGUAUUGUGCUAAUAUUCCAUGGCAUUUCAAGUGGAAAAGGUUCCGGGGCAACUUUCCAGGGAUCACCUCUAUCUACGGCAGGAGAGGGUGGUUUAAUUUCAGUUCAGUUCCAACUCACUCCAUAUGCAGUUGAAUCAAAAGCACCUGGUUCACAGUCAAGUUUUGUACAGCAAGUAACAGGUUCAGAUCUGGCUGAGAAACUGAAAAGAAAUUAAGGUUAAUGCAGUUAGUCCAACAGAAGAUAUGGCUUAAUGCUAUUGUGCUUCUCUUUUCUUGUUUUUCAAUAUAUAUGUCUUUAAUCAUUAUGAGACUAACUGUAUUGGUAAUUUAUCCCCUAUAUGUAUAUUAAUCAAAUAUUGGGGGGUGAGUUAAAUUACCAUAGCAGAGUUCUUACUGUUCUUCAUUGGCUUGCCACAAAUUUAGCUGCAAGAUUUUGCCUUUGAAGUUGCACCUCCUUCUUUGACUGUGAAGGCCUAAUUAUUAUGUAAUGAUGUAUAUUGUCAUUGGUUUGAUUGACACAAAUACUACAUAACUAAGUGUUGUAUUGUGUACAUUCUAAUGUUA